GCAAGACCACCAUGGAUGACCUCGCGAGCCUCUUGGACCGGAGCGACGCUGCCUUCGCCGACGACGUCUCGGCGCUCGUGCCUGUGGCCGAUGAUGCGUCCUUGACGAGCGCGCUAAGCGCGUCCAAGAAGCGCCAGCGCACGUGCAUGAAGGACGAGCUGGCGUAUCUGCGGGCCAAGCAUGCGGCGCUGGCAGCGGAGCUCGCGCUCUUGCAAGUGACGGCCGACGUGUCGAUCUGGAAAGGCCGCGCGUUUGGCCAAGUCCGCGCGGCGCAGCAAGCGCAGAACGAGAACAUGCGGUUGCGCACGAGCCUCGCGAGCCAGCUCAAGGUCCUCGACGCGCUGCAAAAGCUCUUUCUCAAGCAGCCCAGUCUGUGUCAGUUGCAGUCGAUCGAGCACUACAAGGUUCCGACGCUCGGGGUCGAGCGACGAAAAGAGACUUUGGAGGCUUUAUUGCAGCACCAGUACGAGCAGCUACCGUCGCAGUGGGUGCGGCAUGGGCUCCACGCGUACGAAGCCAACGACGAUGGCAUCUUGGAGACGCGCGUGCAUACGGACGACGGCCCGCUGCGCCUCGACAUUCUUAAGUGCGAUUCGUGGCCCGUGGCGUUCACGCAGCUCGCGCACGUUGUGUGGCAACUCCUUGUCGACCGAACCGACAUUGAUAUCACCAUGGCGCUGAAGAAAACGGCGGUCGAGGUCUUCUCCGACACGAUGGUCUACGCACAGUAUGUCGGCUUGUGCACGCCACCCGCGCCGUAUCCUCGCCUCCCGCCCGUCGAGAGUCGCAUUGCGUGUCGGCGCUUUGACGAAGCGACGCGCGUCGUCAUUGUGUGGCGCUCGAUUCUGGACGAUGCGCUGUUUCCAACGCCGCAGCAUCACCUCCAGGGCGACGAGUGUGGCUGGGUUGUGGUACAGCAAAAAGACGCGAAACACGCGCGGCUCUUGUCGUACUCGACGACCAAACCACCGCUCGUGCCCGAGUUGAGAGAGACAAAUACCGUCGUCCGCGCACCCGGCAUGCUCACCGAGUCGCUCUUGCAGCAAGUCCAUGCCAGCUGCGACGCGGUCGACUUGACGAUUCAACGCGGCCUUGCAACAGUGUCGAGAGCACCUUGAGUCGAUCUUAGAGUCUAUGCAUGCGAGCUCUGGCUUUGUGAGGCGUACGGUGCACUGUCAUUGCAAGUAAAAAGAAGGGCAUUGCUUUCAUCCUAAUGAGACGGAGACCCGUGCGACA